UUUUUUUAUGUGCACUUCAACUUGUUGAAUACCAGCACCCUGCCCCUCGACGAGGAGUGCUCACUGUUCAAGGUUCAGGAAGAUAACGAGAGGAGAGCGUUACCAUGGGUGAGACGACACAUCACCCUCUGCUGCUUCUGCUGUGCCUGUCAGGGCUGGUUCACCUUUCAGCUGCCUUCGUGUUCUGGACAGCCGACGUGAAAAUACUCUAUGCCGUAAAGGACAACGAGACCGUGGUCAAAUCGUGCGAGUGUGGCGUGUUCGGUCGGAACUCUCCCCUGGAUAAGGUCUCAGGUGUUGUUAGGCUUCCCACCAGGGACCCCGAGGGAUGUGGGCCGGAUCCUGGCUACAAGCGUAAUGACAGCUUCACAGACUGGAUAGCCCUGGUCAAACGGGGCAACUGUACCUUCAGCGAGAAGAUCAACGCUGCCAGGCGUCUCGGAGCAGCUGGCGUGGUGGUGUACAACGUGGACGGCAGCGGCGACAGCACCACUCACAUGUCCCACCCGGGCACAGGUGAGACCGUGGCUAUCAUGAUUGGCAAUUCUCAGGGCCUGGAGGUGUUCAGGUUGGUGGAGAAUGGGACAGAUGUGGAAAUGUUCAUUUCAGUGGGCAGCCCCCACGGACCCUGGAUGGACACCUACUGGCUUUACUUCCUGUCCAUCGCCUUCUUCAUCGUGACAGCAGCCUCGAUCGCCUACUUCGGGUUCAUCUCCGCAAAUCGUCUGUACAGCAUGAGGCAGCAGAAGAGCUCCGACAGGAGGCUGAAGUCCGAGGCCAAGAAGGCCAUCAGCCGCCUCCAGCUGCGCACGCUCAAGAGGGACGACGAGGAAACCGCGUCCGAUUCCCACAUGUGUGCCGUGUGCAUCGAGUCCUACCGGGUCGGCGACGUGGUGACGGUGCUCACCUGCGACCACAUCUUCCACAAGGCCUGCAUCGAGCCCUGGCUGCUGGAGAGGAGGACCUGUCCCAUGUGCAAGUGUGACAUCCUGAAGGCCCUGGGGAUCGAGGAUGAGAGCAAGGGGAGCAUUUCCGAUCACUCGCCAGAAGAGGUCACUGUGAUCACGGUGGCAGGAGGAGAAGCGCUCUACGACGUCCCGCUGACCGGCCCGGCGUCCACCGACCCAGAGGGACAUCAGCACCGCUACGACAACAGGGCCUAUGAGGAGGACACAGAGGCUGCGAGAGACUGAACAACAACACAACACAGAACGGCCACCUUGGAAACGCUGAGCCAGCAGAAUUAUACAACUUUAAUCUUCCAACAGGAGACACUCUGUUCAUCUUGCAGCCUCAUGCAGGCGUGCUAAGAACAAGAUUGAAAAAAAACAACAACAUCCAAGGAUUUUAAAUGUUAACGCACGUUGUCUAAUUAGCUUUGCAUGCAACCGCAAUUUCUUUGCAUCCAUCUCGGCACAAGUGUGUAAUUAUUGGUAAUGGUUGGGUUUGUUGAUAGAAUUGAUUCUGGAAACUGAUUAGUCGUGGAGUGAUACCGGUGUCAAAUGACUGUUUUGCAUUGUAAACACACUGGGUAGGGAGGAGGUGCAGCAAAGCAUUUGAAUACGUGUUUGAAAUCGAGGCCAAAUUCCCCCCCACCCCCCCACCCCCUCCCCUCUUUCAGCUUCUCUGUCCCUCAGAACUAUCCGAUGUCUUUUCAAUUCACAGAAGACUUUGUUUCUCUCAGUUGAUUUCAAACUGUUUCAUUUCCUCCCGAUCUUUUCUAAAUGGAUGUUUUGUGUGUUUCCAUUUGUUCCCCCCCCGUCAUGUUACCAAACAUGAUUCACAAAACACACCCUGUGGAACACACCUUGGACUGGAACUGCAGCAUGACACACAUUGCACUGUGAUGAGCUGGAGACAUCCGCCUGAGAGCCUGGCGUUCUUCCAGAACACAAAGUCCAGAGAAGCAUGUUUACCACACAAAGAGUUGUUCUGGUUCUUCCUGAUUGUCGGUUAACAGCCUCUUCUGAGAAACAGAAAUAUGGCGGUGCAAUAAAUGUCGAUGAUUUGACUCAGAAUGCGUGGAAGGGACGCGUUGUGGUUUUUUUAAAUAAUAUUCGGUGGAGCAGUUGGCACUUUUUGGACCCCGGCUGUAUAUUGAGAUAUAAUAACACCCGGAUAUUGAUCAGUCACGAAGUUCAACCUGUAAAAUUAAAGGGAAAUGUAAAAAUAUCUGUUUUCAGUUUUCAUGUCUAAACAGCAGAUUUUCUUUUGAAAGGACCAAUUGUUGUCUUUGACCAGGUUUUCCAGGGUUGUACCUUUUUGGUUAUAUGCAAAUGUUUAUUCAAUCCCUGUGGUCUACCUCUGAGCUCACAUAUAUAUUUUACAAACAAACACUUAGAGAUUCUUUAAUUCCAAGACUGAGUGUGUAACUCGGUUAAUUUCUUUGUUUGCUGGUGGGGAUAACGUGAUUAUGGGACUUAACGUGUGACUUAAUAUAUUUUUCUAUAUUGAAUCGUUUUCACGGCCGUUUUACAGAUUCCAGGAGUCUUAAAUUGUUCUGUUUAAAAAUCGACAUGACCUGUUGUAUUAAAUCACAUUGAUGCUUAUUAGAAUGCAAUAAAUCCCUCAAAGUGAGGCCACCUUUAUGAGCA